UUGCUAAAAACACUGGUGAUUCAAGCGGUGUCGUAUUGCUUCAAUAAGUUAUGUUCAUUUCUGAUCCAUAUCAUACUUAAAGCUCCGAUGAACAAGCUCCGGAACUGAUUGACGACGACGACAUGGUACACAGUGCCUACGAUUCCUUCGAGCUCCUCAGCAACUGCCCUACCAAGAUCGACGCUGUCGAAUCGUACGGCUCAAAGCUCCUCCUCGGCUGCUCCGAUGGGUCCCUCAAAAUCUACGCUCCCGAAUCCUCGGGCUCCGAUCGCCCUCCGCCGUCCGAUUACCAUGUUCAGGCGCAAGAGCUGCGCAAUGAACCGUACGCACUAGAGAGAAACGUGUCCGGGUUCUCGAAGAAGCCUCUGGUCUCGAUGCAGGUCCUGGAGUCGAGGGAGCUUCUUCUAUCGCUCUCGGAAUCGAUCGCGUUCCAUAAGCUCCCCAAUUUGGAGACCAACGCUGUGAUCACCAAAGCGAAGGGCGCGAAUGUGUACUCGUGGGACGAUCGGAGAGGCUUCUUGUGCUUCGCGAGGCAAAAGAGGGUCUGUAUUUUCAGACAUGACGGGGGUCGAGGAUUUGUGGAGGUGAAAGAAUAUAAUGUUCCGGAUAUGGUGAAGUCGAUGUCUUGGUGUGGUGAGAAUAUAUGUUUGGGUAUUAGAAAAGAAUACACGAUACUAAACGCCACUAAUGGUGCAUUGACUGAAGUAUUUCCUUCCGGGAGGCUAGCCUCACCUUUGGUGGUCUCUCUUCCUUCGGGGGAACUUCUUCUUGGGAAGGUAUUAUUUUCUUUGUUGGCUGUUGAUAUUCUGCUUUCGGGGACAGGAAUUGCUCAUUGA